AUGGAUUGCAGAGAAACGUGCAGCAGGAAAACAAAUUGUGUAUUUGGUGAAACCUAUGUGCACAAAAACUACAAACCCAAAAAAUCAUGGCGAGGCCCGGGAACAAGUGGUGCAGUUGAAAGCAUUUCGUCUAGGAAAAGACACAUUGUUGUGCACGCUGGGCAUGAAAAUGGUUUUGUCCCAAAUGCUCUUCUAGUUUACAGCACGAAAUCUAAACUGGCUGAUUACCACCAUGAUAUGAACGCCAGCAACUUCAAUAAAUGGUUAGAAGAAAAACUCAUACUAAAUUUAGACAAACCUAGUGUGGUAGUUAUGGAUAAUGCCAGUUACCACAGUGUUGUAAAGAAUAAAGCCCCAACAACUCAAACAAAUAAGCCCCAAAUCAAAGAGUGGCUUACACAACAUGGCCAUGAAGUUUUACGCCUGCCUUCAUACCACUGCUAUUUGAAUCCUAUCGAGUUAAUAUGGAGUCAAGCGGAAAGGAAAAUUGCCAAGAAGAACAUAGGGUUAUCUGCACAAGACAAAAGAAAAACUGAUCCAUGA